UAUUGAAAGACUAUGAUGAAUCAUUUUGAUUGAAUUACUAAAUUUUUUCAAUUUUAUAUAACCUUUACCUUUUCAAAUAUACAUAUUUGAAUCGAACGAAUAAUUCAAGUAACAAAGAAAAGUAGGGCAAUAAUCGAACGACAUUCAAAAGUAUUAAAAUAAAUAUUUUUACAGGAAAUUUAUCAUAUUUUAACGUGGUAGAGUGGUAGAUAUAGGACAAUAUAAAAAUUGAGACCAUGAUCAAAGAUCCUUCGGCUCUUCACAUUUCAUCAAUGCUUUAUUUGUCAGUUUCCAAGGCAACUGUCUUUUCAUUUUUACGUGAACUAUGAAUUUUAUAAAAAAAAGUAAACACAGUUACGUCUGUUAUUUUAUUUUUACAAAAUUAAAUAGAUUUAAUUCAUGAAUAGAUAUUAUGGAAGGUAUAAAAGAAGAGGCCAUACAUCAUACAGCAUUAAAACUUGCGGAAGAAAUAAAAAAUCUCUCAAUUUACAAAUCAUUUUAUAGUGAUGUACAGAAAUUAGUAUCAUCGCCAAAUGUUAAAAAGGAAGAUUUCAAACAAACUUUACAACAAGCUAUGAAAGAAAAGGGAUUAGAUACUAAACUUAGGAAUACAGUUUUUCAUUGGGUUAGGACACAAAGCAAACAAAAUAAAUUAGAUCCACUGACAUCCCUUUUAAAAGCUAGUGCACAAUGGGAAAAGAGAAUACAUAAAUCGUUAAAUUCCAUGUGUACAGAUCUUGAGACCUCGUUAGCAAAAAUCAGAUCUCAAAGUGAACAAGAAGAGCUAUCUGACAAAUGGAACGAACUUAGUACUUACACUUUAGGUAACUACAAAACUGAUUUGUCGUUUGUUUCACGAAUACGACCACCUCAAGUCACUAAAAGUCGACGAUUUAUUUCAGACCUUUCGAAAUACAGACCUGUUUAUGCACCAAAAGACUUUUUGGAAGUACUUAUAACUUUAUCCGGCUAUGUUCCUUUCACUAGAGAAGACGAACCAAAGUGGGAGUUUGCACAUUUACCGAUUCAAGUGAAAACCUUAGAUCAGCUUCGAAAAGUUUUCCCAGAAUGGGCACACGGUGAACCUCUUUUGGGUGUUAAUCCAAAUAUGCCGAGUUCAGUACCAGGAUUCGCGACGCUCGAAGCAGAGCGCAUAAGUUUGGGAGAACGGGUAGCAGCUCUGGGUUAUGCGCCGGUUGUACAGGAAUACUUAAAGAAGGGAAGUCCUCAAUGUCUUCGGGCGAAGCUGUGGUCGCAAGUCUUAGGUUCCGACGUAAAAAGCCAACAAACGGCAUACUUCGGUCAGCUGAAGAAGAAUGUUCUGGAAGUGGAUUUGAUGAUAGACAAAUUAAUAUUCAAAGAUGUACAAUUAACGGCUUCGAACGAUGAUCAGUAUUUUGUAUUUGAAGAUUUAUUGUACCAGGUGAUGUUAUGUUUUUCCCGCGACGUCGAUGUAAUGCAACAAUUGAAAGGUAGUAUUGGCAAUCCGCCGACGGUGACAAUAAAAGGAAAACAGACUUCAGCGGAAAGUAUGACCGUGUUUCCUCCGAGCGGAAUCAUACCUUUCCAUGGUUUCACUAUGUAUGCAACUCCUUUCUGCUAUUUGUACGACGACCCUGUCCAGUUGUACUACACGUUUCGAGCAUUCUAUGUGCGAUACUGGCAUCGAUUGCACUACAUAUCGACGCAUUCACAGGGUAUUGUAUCAUUGUGUCUACUUUACGAGAGGCUCCUAGAGGCGAACGAACCUUUGCUAUGGAUACAUUUUAGAAAUAUCAACAUCAAUCCAAUAAGAGUGGUGUUCAAAUGGUUAAUGCGCGCAUUCAGUGGACAUCUACCACCGGAUCAACUACUACUGCUCUGGGAUGCCAUACUAGGAUACGAUUGUUUAGAAAUCCUACCAUUAUUAGCGUUGGCAAUACUUAGUUUUAGAAAGGAGAAUAUAUUUCAAGUGAAUACUUUGCAGAAUGUUGAUGCUGUGUUAGCUGAUUUAUCAACAAUUUCUGUCAUACCGUUGUUGCAAUUAGCAUUAAUGAAACCCUGAUGUAAAGUCUUGCGCAUAUGUUAUGGUACCUGUUAUUGUCAAACUUGGAUACUUGCUAUUUGAGACCACAAGCAGUAUGGUACUUAAGUACCCUGUUAUAAGAUCUUUAUUAGAAUAAUGUUUUUUAUGUUUAAUAUGUGCAAAUGUUGGUGUCAUUUGGCUGCAAAUGUCAAGUAGUUAAAGAAAGAGUAAUCUUUUUAAUUCCCACUGUGUGAAAGAGAUAACAGUAAUAUUAGGUUGGAUUAGGCAUAACAAUCCAUGGCAUUUGAGGCAAAUUUUUAAGUGUGAAAUAUAUAAAAAAAUAUUCUGUGUUAAAAUUAGUUUGAUAUUUUGAUUUGUGAUCCUAACUUCGUGAUACAUAUGCGCAGG